AAUCAUUAUAUAUCUUCUUUCCCCUUCAUUACGUUUUGAGUAGAACAGUAAUAUAAUUGAUUAUGAAAUUUUAAAAUUUCUCAGUUAUAAAAACUUUUUUUAAUGUCUAUUCCAGUGGGUUUGUUCUAUGGAAAUAUUUUUUGAAAAAUUCUCAUGUGGCUGAUAAUGGUGUUCUUUACUUGCAAUUCAUGUGGUACCUCAGUGAAGAAAAAUCAAGUUGAAAAUCAUACCUAUCAAUGUAGAAGCUGUCAAUCUGUAUCUUGUAUGGACUGUAAUCAAGAAUUUUGGGGUGAUGAAUAUAAACUGCAUAUAAAAUGUAUUUCUGAAGAUCAAAAAUACGGUGGAAAAGAUUAUAAACCAAAGGAGAGCAGCAAUAAAGGAGAAAUUAAACAGGCCAAAUGGAUUGAGCAUAUAAACACAACAUUGGCUACCAAGAAAAUUUCUGGACCCCUUUCUGGAUUAUUAGAAAUGAUUACUCAGUAUACAAAUAUACCUAGAAAAAAAUCAAAAUUUGAGAAUUUUCUUGCCAACAGUUUAAAAGUGAGGAAUCCUAAACUGAUUUCUGAGGCUUGGGAAAUUUUUGACCAGGGUAAAAAAAAUGAGUCUGAAGCAGCCAAUAAUAAAACAUCUGAGGUCAAUGGUACUCCAACCACUAAUGGAACAACCAAUGGUAGUUCUGUAAAUUCUUCAGUUAAGCGAUCUAGUGAUGUUCCAGCUGAUACGCCGUCAAAAAAGGCAAAAUUAAAUUCUGCUCAAAAUAAUAAAGAAAACCAUAAUGAAUUUAAUUGGUGUGCAGCUUCUGAAGAAAUACUACAGAAUUACCCAUCUGGGGUAAGAGAAAAAACUUUAAGGAAACAGGUUAUUGCAAAAUAUAAAUCAUUUGUGGGCGAUUCCUGCAAGUACUCAGAUAUUGAAUUGAAGAAAAUGUUUCGGAAUGAAUUAAAAAAGAAUCCAAAAUUUUCUCUUUUUGUAGAUUCAACGAAAUCAUGACCUUUGCUGUAAAUAAUUACAAAAUAAAUUUUACAUUAUUUUUUA